CCCACACUGCCAGUUCCUCAAUGAUGUUGCUGCUGUGACCUUUUCCCCAUGACUCAGUUAUAAUCUCACAAAGUCAGGAUAAAUCCAGAUCUAUAGAAGCCAGACUAACCUAUGGUCUUCUUUGUAUUAUAUAGUGUAAGAUUGUAAGCAUUAAUAUGGAAAAGCAGCUCCUGCCAGUCCAAUCUGACUUUCAAUCAAAGGGAAGGCCGUGCUGCUGCCACCCAACUAAAUGGCCGUAUCUAGUGGCACUCCUUUUCCUUACCUGCUAUGUACAGUUUCUAUGUUACUACUGCAAUGAAAGCCCGGGAGGACUGGAAGACACUAUCAUCAAAGUAAUGGAUAUUGAUACCACACAAUAUAACCUGCUCUUUCUCGUGACCACAUGGCCUAACAUAUUUGUAUCAGUGAUAGGAGGAGUGAUAGCAGAUAGACUAUUAGGUCGAAGAGUCAGUUACAUGAUAUUGAUAAUUAUCAUCCUCACUGGUAUACUUGUGUGGUCUGCCGCUAGCUUUUUCAACCUUUUCUGGGUCGUAUUGGUCGGCCGGUUCUUCAUUGGAAUUGGAGCCACUUUGAUACCAGCUGUCACUGUUAUGUUUUUCAUCAAUUGGUUCGGUAAGAAGUAUUUCACACUAGCAGUGUCAAUUGGUGGCACUUCAGCACGACUUGGUGGUGCAGCUGCUUUGGCCGUACCUCAAUUCAUUAACGAGCAGUUAUGUUUCAUUGACGAUCCCUCAUAUCGUCUUGGGGCUACAAUAUUAGUAGGAGCUGGUCUGGCAUGUGUUGGAUUAAUGGUGGGUAUCACUGUAGCUAUGCUGGACAUGUAUAGGGAGACGUUUAAAGAAAAGAAGACACAGAAAGCCAAAAGAAGCAAAAUGAAGCACAGCGAUUUUAAGCAGUUUGAUGAUCGGUUUUGGCUGACGGUUUUCAUCAUUAUUUUCUAUUCAAUUGUAUUUUCAUUUACUGGCAUUGGGCAAGUUUUCUAUGUACAAAAGUAUAGUCUGUCACUAGAGGAAGCAAGCAUUGCAAAUUCAUUUGUAUUCAGUGCUACAAUACUAGCUACGCCAAUAAUUGGAUAUAUAGUGAACGGAAUUGGACACCACAUACUAUGGACUAUGGGAGCCAUUACCAGUGCUUUGGCUGUGCACCUAGUUCUACUCAUCACUUCUCCAGGGCUUCACUUCAUACCUUAUACCACUGGUAUCUUGUAUUCGGUGUCUUAUACGAUAGUUGCAGCUGCUUAUUGGCCUCUUGUUGGUCUAAUUGUGGAAAAGAGUCAGAUAGCAACUGCUUAUGGCAUCAUGUGCAGUAUGAAUAAUCUCUUCUGGGGUCUACUGUCGAUUGUCUCAGGUUUCAUCAUUGAUAUCAGCGGUUACUUUGUGUUAGAGAUAAUGUACUCAUCGUUGUUGUUUCUAAUACUAAUGAUAUCAGUGUUAGUGUUAAUGAUUGAUCUCGUAUCAGUGAGAUCAGUGGUGAAUGCACCCGGUACAUGGAAAAGAGAGGACUAAUAAUUUUGAUUAAAAAAAAUAUUUGUUCAAUAGAUCUAAUUGAGAGCAAUUUCAGGCAUGUGCAUGCUCCUCCCUUCUGCAUUUUUUCUAUCUCCAAGUAAAAAACUUCAUUUCAGUUCUGGUAUUUUAGUGGUAAUAAGCACUCUUAGUCUCCAGCUAUGUUAUAGAAAUGACACUGGAAUCAGAACAGCCACUCUUAUCCGCGGGCACUGAUAGUUCUGUAGAGAAAAAGGCAGACACCAUAGACAGUAGACCAGUAACAUGCUGCCAUCCUAACCAUUGGCCAUACUUGAUUACGCUCCUUCUCCUUAUCUGCUACGUCCAGGCAUUAUGCUUUUAUUGCAAUGAAAGCCCAGGUGGACUUGAGGACACUAUCAUCAAAGUAAUGGGUAUUGAUACCACACAAUAUAACCUGCUCUUUCUUGUGACCACAUGGCCUAACAUAUUUGUAUCAGUAAUAGGAGGAGUGAUAGCUGAUAGGAUACUAGGACCAAGAUCAAGCUCUAUCGUAAUAAUACUUGUUGUACUCUUGGGUCAGCUCAUUUGGUCGGCUGGAAGUUUUUUGAAUUAUUUUUGGGUCGUGUUGAUUGGUCGGUUCAUUAUAGGGAUAGGAGCCACUCUAUCUCCUGCAAUUUGUACUAUGUUUUUCAUCAGUUGGUUUGGUAAAGAAUAUCUAACUCUAGCAGUCUCUACUGGGGGGACUGCAGCUCGACUUGGAGCAGCAGCAGCUUUGGCUCUGCCUCAGUUCAUUUAUCAGCAAUUAUAUUAUUUUACCAAUCCGUUGUAUCGCCUUGGUGCUACAGUGCUAGUAGGUGCAGGGCUUGUAUUAAUAGGACUAAUAGCAAACAUAAUUGCAGUACUCAUGGACAAAUAUAGAGAAAAAGUACUGCAGAAAAAGAAAAUGAAGAUGAACAAAAUGAAUUGUAGCAAUUUGAAACAGUUCGAUGGAUUAUUCUGGCUAGCAACCAGCAUUACGCUCUACUAUUCAAUUGUGUUUUCAUUCACUGGAAUUGGACAAGUUUUCUACGUACAGAAGUAUGGCUUAUCACUAGAGGAAGCAAGCAUUACAAAUUCAUUUGUAUUCAGUGCUACAAUACUAGCUACACCAGUACUUGGAUAUAUUGUGAAUGUAAUUGGAUACCAUAUAUUAUGGACUAUGGUAGGACUAACCACUGGGCUAUUAGUGCAUGUAGUACUACUAGUCAGUAUUCCAGGGCUUCAUUUCAUACCACAUAUCACUGGUAUGUUAUAUUCAGUGUCUUAUACGAUAGUUGCAGCUGCUUAUUGGGUUAUCCCUGGACUCAUUGUGGAAGAGAAUCAGAUAGCGACCGCAUAUGGUAUAAUUGGAAGUUCUAUUAAUCUCUUCUGGGGUCUAUUGUCUGUAGUCUCAGGUUUCAUCAUUGAUAUCAGUGGCUACUUUGUGUUAGAGAUAUUGUACUCGUCAUUAUUGUUUCUAAUACUAAUUAUAUCAGUGUUAGUGUUAAUGAUUGAUCUUGUAUCAGUGAGAUCAGUGGUGAAUGCACCUGGUACAUGGAAAAGAGAAGACUAAUAAUUUUGAUUUUAAAAAUAUUUGUUCAAUAGAUCUAAUUGAGAGCAAUUUCAGGCAUGUGCAUGCCCCUCCCUCUGCAUUUUUCCUAUCUCCAAGUAAAAAAAACUUCAUUUCAGUUCUGGUAUUUUAGUGGUAAAAAGCACUCUUAGUCUCCAGGUAUUAUAGAAAUGAUAGUGGAAUCAGAACAGCCACUCUUAUCCGCGGGCACUGAUAGUUCUCCAGAGAAAGCGGAGGCAGACAAGAGUAGACCAGUAACAUGCUGCCAUCCUAACCACUGGCCAUACUUGACUACCCUCCUUCUCCUUAUCUGCUACGUCCAGGCAUUGUGCAUUUAUUGCAAUGACAGUCCAGGAGGACUGGAGGACACUAUCAUCAAAGUAAUGGGCAUUGAUACCACACAAUAUAACCUGCUCUUUCUUGUGACUACAUGGCCUAACAUAUUUGUAUCAGUAAUAGGAGGAGUGAUAGCUGAUAGGAUACUAGGGCCUAGAUCAAGCUCUAUUGUAAUACUACUUACGGUACUCCUGGGUCAGCUCAUUUGGUCGGCUGGAAGUUUUUUGAAUUAUUUUUGGGUCGUGUUGAUUGGUCGGUUCAUCAUAGGGAUAGGAGCCACUCUAUCUCCUGCAAUUUUUACUAUGUUUUUCAUCAGUUGGUUUGGUAAGAAAUAUCUAACACUAGCUGUCGCAAUUUGUGGUCCUUCACCUCAGCUUGGAGCUGCAGUAGCUUUGGCUCUGCCUCAGUUCAUUUAUCAGCAAUUAUAUUAUUUUACUGAUCCGUUGUAUCGCCUUGGUGCUACAGUGCUAGUAGGUGCAGGGCUUGUAUUAACAGGACUAAUGGCAACCAUAAUUGUAGUACUCAUGGACAAAUAUAGAGAAAAAAUACUGCAGAAAAAGAAAAUGGAGAUGAAUAAAAUCAAAUGUAGCGAUUUGAAACAAUUUGAUGGAUUAUUCUGGCUAGCCUCGAGUAUUACGCUUUACUAUUCAAUUGUACUUGCAUUCACUUGCAUUGGACAAGUUUUCUACGUACAGAAGUACAGUCUGUCACUAGAAGAAGCAAGCAUUGCAAACUCGCUUGUAUACAGUGCUACAAUACUAGCUACACCAGUAAUUGGAUAUGUUGUGAAUGUAAUUGGAUACCAUAUACUAUGGACUAUGGUAGGACUAACCACUGGGUUAUUAGUGCAUCUAGUACUACUAUUCAGUAUUCCAGGGCUUCACUACAUGCCUUAUGUCACUGGUAUCUUAUAUUCGGUAUCUUAUAUGAUAGUUGCAGCUGCUUAUGGGGUUAUCCCUGGACUUAUUGUGGAAGAGAAUCAGAUAGCGACCGCAUAUGGUAUAAUUAGUAGCUUCCUUAGUCUCUUCUGGGGUCUAUUGUCGGUAGUCUCUGGUGUCAUCAUUGAUAACAAUGGUUACUUUGUGUUAGAGAUUAUGAACACAUCGCUAUCGUUUUUAGUACUAAUGAUAUCAGUGUUAGUGUUAAUGAUUGAUCUCGUAUCAGUGAGAUCAGUGGUGAAUGCACCUGGUACAUGGAAAAAAGAGAACUAAUUUUUGAUUAAAAAAAAAAACUAUAUUUUGUUCAAUAA